CACUAACAUUUGUAGCCUCACAGAGCAAUAGUUUUUUGGCUGCUGGGUCAGUGACCCCCAUUUGAGAGCUGGAAAGAUGCAGAGGAAGAAGGCAAAUAAUUAAAAAAUUAUAAAAGAUACAACAUGAAGACCAAAUGAAAAGUUGCUUAGAAUUGGCCAUUCUAUAACACAUUAAAAGUUAACUUUAAUGUGAACUGCCCCAUAACACUCCCUUACACACUGUGUUACCCUCGAUCUUCCCCAUCCUAAAAUGGUACAGGUUGAGGGUAUGGGGAGUACAGGUGCUUAGUGGGGUCACCUUUGGUGGGUCUGUACAAGCCCCAUGAGUGGUAUAUGCCACACUCUUAUAUCAAUAAGUAUCAGUGUUAAUACUUCUGUUAUUGUCCCAGUAGCAAGACAGAUGUAUCCCUUUACUAUAUUAUAUGGAACAUAAAUAUUAUAUAGGCCUGUCCUGCAGCUCAGUCUAUGCAGGUGAAUGAUACAUGUGCUUUAAAUGAACCAAGUAGCAUCUUUAGUUGUUUUCCUUCUGAAAAAGGGUACAUGUGCAUGUGUUUAAACUCCUAUAUCAUUGAAAUAAAACAUACAUAUUUGACUUUUGUUUUACAUUUUACUCCAUGUUUUGUCUUUAUAUGAUUCUUCAAAUAGCUUCUACCAUGGGAAAUUAAUGACUUGACUCUAAAACGGCAUCACCUGCUGGAUUAAUAUGAGCUAUACCUACUUUCUUUUCCUGUGCAUUGCUCCUUUAAAGAGAAGACAGGGUGUGCCAUGAGUAACUAUGGAAACUUCAAGCUGGGAAUAAAGGCAAAUCUGCUCCCAACCCGCUUAGAAAAGGCAGCAGAGCAGCCUCACAGAGCCACAGGGAUGAGGUAGAAGAAGAGAAGGAGCUGAGAGACACCUGAUGGAAGGGCCAUUGCCAUAGGCACAUUAUAGGAACCUACAUCAUUAUGCCUGGGCUGCUGUAAUGGACUGGAAACUGGAUCUCAGAUUUAAAGUCAAGUUAAUAUUCCUAAACCUUAAACCAGUUGUUGGAGCCUGAGAAGUUGACUCAUCAUGAAGCAAUGAAGAACUGGCACAGAAAGGCUUAGCUUCAUGCCAGCCAUGAGAGGUCUUCUUGCUCCACAAAAUACCUUCUUAGAUACCAUAGCGACGAGGUUUGAUGGAACUCAUAGUAACUUUGUUCUUGGGAACGCUCAGCUUCCUCCGUCUUUCCCAGUGGUGUACUGCUCAGAUGGAUUCUGUGAGCUCACGGGUUUUGCCCGGGCAGAAGUCAUGCAGAGAUCCUGUGCCUGUAGCUUUCUCUAUGGAGGGGACACCACUGAGCACAUUCAGCACUGCAUCCUGCAAGCUCUGAGAGAGAAACAGGAGCUCAAAGCAGAGCUGGUUCUUAGCAAGAAAAAUGGUUGUUCUUUCUGGUGCCUACUGGAUCUGGUGCCAAUCAAGAAUGAAAAGGGGGAAGUGGUUCUAUUUCUUAUCUCCUUUAAAGACAUCACAGACACCAAAUUUGGAACAGAUGCAGAAAGCUGGAAGGAAUCAGAAAGCACUGAGUAUCAAGAUUGUGCAGUAGGCAAAGGAUUCAAAGCAGAUCGUAGGUGGAGCAGGACCAUUCUGUACCAUCUCUCGGGCCAACUGCAGAGACAGAACAGCACCAAAGCCAAACUUGGCAAGGGAUUUUUUGCUGAGAAGCCUCAAGUUCCCGAGUACAAGGUGGUCUCUGUGCGAAAGUCUCCUCUCAUUUUUCUGCACUACGGCACCUUUAAGGCAUGCUGGGACUGCUUAAUUCUGCUAGCCACACUCUAUGUAGCAGUAACUGUCCCAUAUAGUGUCUGCUUCAGCAACAAAGAAGAAGGGACAACAAUUCCAAGAAGCCCUCCCAAUGUAUGUGAUCUCAUUGUGGAAAUCCUCUUUAUCCUAGAUAUAGCCCUGAAUUUCCGCACAACAUUUGUCAGUCAGUCGGGGAAGGUGGUGUUCACUCCUCGGCUCAUUGUGCACCACUAUCUCCGGACAUGGUUCCUUCUGGACCUGCUGGCAGCUCUGCCAGUGGAUUUGCUCUAUAGCUUUAAUGUCAAUGUGUACUUUGGGGCCCACCUACUGAAGACUGUGCGUUUGCUGCGCCUGCUGCGGCUCUUGCCAAGACUGGAUCAUUAUUCUCGGUAUAGCGCCGUCGUUCUCAGCCUUCUGAUGGUAGUCUUUGCUCUUCUAGCGCACUGGGUGGCCUGCAUCUGGUACUUUAUUGGUCAAAAGGAGAUUGAGAGCAAUCAGCCAGAAGUGCCAGAGAUUGGUUGGCUACAGGAGCUGGCAAGGCGUUUGGAAACCCCUUACUAUGUGGGGAAAAGGAAUAGCAGUCAAUGUUUUACUCCCCAAAAUAAUAACAGUGAGGAGGCAGCCAACAAGACAGACAUGGUGUUACUUGGAGGACCCUCACUUAGGAGUUCUUAUAUCACAUCCUUGUACUUUGCACUCAGUAGCCUGACUAGUGUAGGAUUUGGAAAUGUGUCUGCCAACACUGACACAGAGAAGAUCUUCUCCUUAUGUAUCAUGUUGAUUGGAGCACUGAUGCACGCCCUGGUCUUUGGAAAUGUGACAGCAAUAAUCCAGCGCCUUUAUGCCAGACGCUUCCUCUAUCAUAGUCGUACCCGGGAUCUGCGAGAUUACAUCCGUAUCCAUGCCAUCCCCAAACCUCUCAAACAGCGCAUGCUGGAGUACGUGCAGACCACAUGGACCAUGAAUAAUGGCAUUGACACUAAUCAGCUUCUGCACAGUCUUCCAGAUGAACUGAGAGCUGAUAUUGCCAUGCAUCUCAACAGGGAGCUCUUGCAGUCGCCGCUGUUUGCCUUGGCUAGUCGUGGCUGUCUGCGGUCCCUGUCGCUAAACAUCAGACGUUCCUUCUGUACCCCAGGAGAGUACCUGAUCCGACAGGGUGAUGCUUUGGAGGCCUUAUACUGUGUGUGUUCGGGAUCUAUGGAAGUUCUCAAGGACGGGGUGGUGUUGGCAAUUCUAGGAAAGGGAGAUUUAAUUGGCUGUGAGCUUUGUUCCGAGGAUAUAGUAAUCAAAUCAAAUGCUGAUGUCAAGGCAUUAACAUAUUGUGACCUCCAGGGGAUCGGUCAAAGGGGCCUCCGUGACACAUUAUCCCUUUACCCUGAAUAUGCCCAGAAAUUCACCUGUCAGAUCACAAAGCAACUGAGCUACAAUCUGGGAGGCAGCAAGUGCGCACAUGAGAGUGAUGUCUAUGCUCAGCAAUUAUUUGAAAAUCAGAACUCUCAUGGCAAAAGACAAGAAGAAUCACCAAAGUUCAGUGUUUCACUCACUCCCCAAAAAUCCCCUCAUCUGUGCUCCUCUCCGUCACGGUUUUCCCUUUGCAGCCCUCGCCGCACUGCUAAAGAAAUGACACUUAGCCACACUCCCACUGGGGUUGGUGCUAGAGAACUGGACAUCCCAUGCGUAUCCUAUGCCAGACCUACAGAACUCAGCCCAAGGGUGGUAGAUGGGAUAGAAGAGGAAAAUUCCACUGCAGUCCCAGAGAGGUUUAACUUUCCAGAAUGUAACAACCCUCCAGCUACUUCUGGAGAGCCUUUGUUUUUAUCCACGGAGCCAAGAGCUACUGACAAUAUGGAGAGACUUAGCCAAGCAGUGUCAGACCUGUCCUCCCAGGUGCAAGAGCUGAGGGAAGGGCUGCAGGCUCUGCGUCAUGCAAUGCAUGUGUCUGUCAUGCCCUGCGGUGCCUCUCCCUGCUUCCAUAGAAGAGACUUGCUCAUGCAGUGUGAGGCCGGGGCACUUACUACUGGGGAUACUGCAACCACAUGCCCAUCGCUCUUUCAUCCUCCAAGGGUAGAAAAAAACUCCCAUAUUUGCUAUAUAAGUCCUGUCCCAUCUUGCUCAGAAAGACAUUUAUCCUGGCUUUGGGGGCCCACCCACCCCUCUGUGGCUCCAUUUAAGAGGAUUUGAACAGAACGAGCCGCUCAAUUCUGGGCCUCCAUCAACUGCAGUGGAAGAUUUCAAUGGCAGAACUGUCAAAAAAGACUAUGUAACCACUGAUCUUCAAGCUCUAGAAAUGCACUCUAUCUCUUCACAGAAAGGAGGUGACACAGAGCCAAGCUUCUGUACCAGAGAUAAAGGAACAGGAGUAUGAAAUGGUGGCCUCACAGUAUGGGGGCUCUAACAGUACCGGGACUCUUCACCAAGUCUGGGAGCUAGGGAAGUGGGGGGGCAGUAAUCCUGGGCCCCCUGUUAAUUAUAUCAUCUCUCAAAUUGUGAUGGAACAUCAAUGUGAAUGUGUUUUGGGGGUGGGGAAGGCCCAUCCUCAGUGGUUUAUGUCUUUAUAAUCAGUUACAUAUAACAUAUAAGUUAUAAGUUAAAUAAAUUGGACAAUUUGAGCAACA